GCAGCCAGUCAAGACAGCAGGAUAACAACACAGCAGAGAUCAUUAAUUAAAGAACUGGGAUUUAAAAAAAAAAAGACAAUAGACACAUGCAACUGUAACUUGUGAGUGUUGUGGCAGACCACGGGAGAGAGGAGCCUGUCCGGGUUUUACCACUGUGGCUUGUUUUUUGGGGGAAAAGGAGCUGAGGUGGAGCUUUACUGGAUGCUUCACAGCUAGCUGGCUAACAUGCAGCUUUAGUGUUUGAAUUUGCACCAAAACGGGAUUAUAUCGAGCUGCUGGGAUUUGUAUGGACUUGCACCACCUCGACCACUUCAACACACAUCUCGCAGUUAAAGUCAUGCUGGCUUUUCAACCCGCUGGUUAGCGAGCUAUACCUCCAAAAGGACCGACUCGUUGACGCAGCUGUAAGCCGAACCAACGGCGCUUUCGGUCGGCCUCAGGACCAACGCCAUGCCGCGGCUCGAGCUCGGCCCAUCCGUAGAGCUAACUUCAGGAAGCUAACGCUAGCUGGACACAGCAGGCCGCUUCAGAUGGUCGUUAUCACCCCUAGUCAGCUGAAUAAUUACACAAGUAGCAACUCAGAUCAGAGAAGCACCUUUUACUUUUAUUCUGCUUUCAUUAUUUUGUUUACAUUGGGCUAACAGGUAAAUUACAGGUUACAGGUAGGGUGGUAAUUAUCUUUUACCUCAUCAAACUGAGGUACGUUUAUUAUUAUUUUUGCACGGAGUAAUUUUUUUAUUAGCUAGCCACAUACACAUCAGUGCAGUUAACAUCAAAAUUAAACUCCAUCUAAACAUUAUCCAAGCAGAUUGAGAGACGUUAAAGCAGUGCUGAUGGGAUUAUUGGGGUUGGCACACAUGGUUUAAAAGCCACACAUGUAAACAAGUCUGACUGCGUGUGGGGUUUUGGUUAACGCUAAUUAUUUUAAUGCACGGUGUCACUACAUAUCAAUCAAGGUAAUGUGUUGUUAUCUGGACGUCAGUUAUGCGCGUUGAAACAGCCACUUUAAAGUUAUGAGCCAAGAAUUAGCUUCACACAGACACUGAAAAGGCAUGGGAGUUGUUGACCGAGACAUAUCAGCCAUUCAUUCAUGAUUGAUGAUCUUUGUGGAAGCAGACUGUCCUUUAUCCAUUUUCCACUACAGCUGAGCCACUGCAUCAAAGCCACUAACAGUCUCACUUGUAGUAUUUAUUUUUAACCACUAAUGUAACCUAGUCAAGAGGGAUUCUGAGGUGAUUUGAGUGUAGCAUUUUCUUUUAAAGUACUACUUGCACCCAACUGGAACCACUGUGGUGGAUGGGAACAUGAGGAGCACUCUGUCUGAUCUGAACCCGCUUCCCGGUAGCUUGAAGAUCUGAUCAAAGCACAACAGAGAGCCCCAUUGUGUGGACUGAAAAACUGAAGAGAUGAUGAUGAUGAUGGGGAUGAUGAUAAAAGAGGCCCAGUGACAGUGUUGAUCUCCGCACCAGGAAGCAGAGGAGUGUCACAAGGCUGCAGACAUGAGUCUCCGCCAACCCACCUCCACACUGGACAGCCCUUUUGCUGCUUGGCUCAGCAGUCUGACCAUCGGGGACUCGGAGCGCAAAUCCUCUGCGGCCCAGCAGAGGGAGCCGACGGUGGACAUCGCUGCUGAGAGUACGGGUACCGGCCUGGUCCAGAGAUGUGUGGUCGUGCAGAAGGACCAGCUCGGCUUCGGCUUCACAGUGUGUGGAGAGAGAGUCAAGCUGGUGCAGAACGUCCGACCAGGUGGAGCAGCGGUCAAGGCCGGCGUCCAAGAAGGGGACCGAAUCAUAAAGGUGAACGGCUCUCUGGUGUCCUCCAUGUCCCAUCAGGAGGUGGUCAAGCUCAUCAAAUCUGGAACAUAUGUAGCGCUGACACUACAAGGGCCGCCUCCUUCAGCCGCCUCCCUGCCCUUAGAGCCCCUCCCCACUGACCUCACACCCAAUCAAAGAACGUCUCUGGGUGGGGAGGCCCCGCCCCCUCCGCCUCCACCCCUGCCCUCUGGACUGAGCAGCACCCCAUCCCAAAGAAUCACUGGACCCAAACCACUGCAGGACCCAGAAGUACAAAAACAUGCCACUCAGAUACUCAGGAAAAUGCUGGAGCAGGAAGAGGCUGAACUGCAGGAGCUGAUGGAGGAGCAGUUGAGGAACCCGUCAUCGUCUCUGGGUGAGCGGAUUGAAAGUGCCAAGAGAAGAGCUCACCAAGUCAGGGUCAAGAUUCAGGGGCAAGAUCCGGAGGGAACAAGACCAGAAAGUGCCACGAGCUACGUCAUAGCAGGAGAAGGUCGACUAUCGAUGGACUCCAGCGAAGGAGACGUGGAGGCCUUUGAGAGUCCCCACUCCUCCCCUUCAUCCUCCUUCAGGACCCCACAACACCGACGGCAGAACUCCGACACACACACCCUGUCUGAUUUGGGCGGGAAGGCCCAGAUCAUCGGCCCCGAGGAAGAGGAUGAAGAAGAUGACGGCUAUGCAUUUAAUGAGAUGGACGGCCCAUUCCAGGACAUCGAGUUGUUAAAGUCACGACCGGCACACAUGGCGGUGUUCAUGAGAUACGUCUUCACUCAGCUCCUGGACCCCAACCCUCUGCUGUUUUACCUGUCGGUGGAGGCCUACCUGGGCUCCAGCCCUAAAGACGCCCGCGCACUUGCACCUCAGAUCUGCUCCCAUUACCUGGACCCAGAUGCACCCCUGAAAAUCAAAGUGCGAGAGGAGUAUCUUUCAGAUAUUGAAACUCGACUCCACGCCCAGGAGGACAUCAGGGGACCUCUGUCUGAGCUGCAGCAGCAAGUGCUGCCCGAUAUCCAGGACCAGAUACAAGACUACAGGAACAAGCAGAUGAUGGGCCUCGGCUCUCUGUUUGGAGAAGGAGACCUGCUGCAGCUGGACGGAGACCCGGUGAAGGAGAGACAGGUGGUGGACAGACAGGUCACUGCCCUCUGGGAAAUACUAUCAAAGCACGAAGAGGACCGAAGUUCUCCUCUGGCGUCCGCCGUGCACCUGUACCUGCGUCACUCUGGUAUCAAGCUAAGAGACUCCAAGGUCUUCCCCGGUCUGAGUACAGAGAAGGAGAAGUGGCUUGCUUUCCUCAAGACCAAAAAGCUGACUGGUACCAAGAAAGAGAAAGAUGGAGAGGAUAAAAAGAGAAAUCCCAUCCUGAAGUACAUCGGCAAACCUCGGAACACAUCCCAGUCCACAUUCCAUGUCCCGUUGUCACCCACCGAAGUCCGUCCGGGCAGUGUGAGAAACAUCAUUCAGCAGUUUGAGAAUCACACGGAGACGGGAGAGGAGGGAGGCGAGGCUGCCGACCCCCAGAGGCUCUCCACCAGCAGCCUGGGAGACGACAGCAUGGACAGCCCUACGGUCUCAGUGCGUCUGGCACGCAGCGAGUCGCUGAAGGCUCAGGGCGAAGGACGCAGACGGGGCGUUGUCUCCGGCACGGAGUCUGUGCCUCGCUCCCGCAGCGACGUGGACAUGGAGGACUGCGGGGAGGAGAGGGAGGGGCCGGGGCUCAGGCCUCUGCAGCACAGCGCCUCGUCGUCUGCAUCCAGCAGCUCUGCACGGUCUCUAGAGAACCCUACACCCCCAUACACCCCUCGGUCUAGACGCAGGAGCGUGGACUCGCCGUUGGCCCUGCUGCCGGACGCCGCGGCGCUGGAGGACGAGGUGUGCGACAGUCAGAACUGGCAGGACACGGUUCCUCCUCAGCUCCUCGCCACGCUCAGCCCGAGGGAGGUGGACCGGCAGGCCGUCAUCUACGAGCUGUACACCACCGAGGCGUCCCACCUGCGGACCCUGAAGGUCCUGGACCAGGUCUUUUUCCAGAAGAUGAGGUCCGUUCUGAACUCUGAUGAGCUGGCCUGCAUCUUCCCCAACCUGCCUCAAGUCUACGAACUCCACGCAAGUCUGUGCGAGUCGAUGAAGAAGAGAAGAGAAACUCCCGUCGUUCAGGACAUCGGGGACGUCGUGCUGGCCAGGUUUGAAGGUGCGGCCGGAGACGAAUUUCAGGAGCAAGCGUCGCAGCUGUGCAGCCAGAUGUCUCAGGCUCUGGAGCUCAUCAAGAACAAGAAACGGAAAGACCCUCGUUUUGCGCACACGAUCCAGGAGUGUGAAGCGAGUCCUCACUGUCGGAGGCUGCAGCUCAAAGACCUGCUGGUGUCUGAGAUGCAGAGACUCACCAAGUACCCGCUGCUGCUGGACAACAUCAUGAAACACACAGAGGCCGGUUCGUCAGACCUCCCUUUACUCCAGCGCUCGCAGGCUUGUUGCAGAGGGAUCCUGCAGGCUGUGAACCAGGUCGUUGGGGAAAGACAACACCGGCAACGCCUCAGCCAAUACCAACGCAGGCUUGAUGCUGCUCCUCUAUUUAAGAGUCUGGACCUCACCACUAAGAGAUUGAUCCACGACGGCCCUCUCACGUGGAAAGUCAGCAAAGAUAAGCAGAUAGAGAUUCAAGCGCUGCUGCUGUCAGACUGCCUGGUCCUCCUGCAGAGGGGCCCCGACGACCGGCUGCAGCUCAGAUAUCCAACCCGCUGGCUGGGUGGAGGCAGCGGAGACAGCAAGACGUCCUUCAGCCCUCUGGUGAACCUGGACUCUCUGCUGGUCCGCUCAGUAGCUACAGACAACAGAGCCCUGUACAUCAUCAGCACCACAGAGAGGCAGAUCUACGAGCUGGUUGCCGGGACGUCGUCGGAGAAAAACACCUGGAAAGAGUUACUUGAAAAGACCAUCUCAUCAGCUGGCGGCUCGUCACCUCUGAUAAACCACGGGUCCAUAAGGAUGUCUGCGUCCCCGGCGUCCCCAGUGUCGACUGGCAGCAAUGUCUUUGCAGACAACUCCAUGACGGAGCAGUCGGAUCCCAUGGAGACUCAUUCCUCCAACGACGACAUUGUUCUCUCAGAAAACACACCGACGGACCAAUCAGGAGAUUUCAUCUGUGGCGAGAGAAGAGCAGUCGGUGUGGCAGAGGCCGCUUUACAAGACGUGGAAACACUGAGGCAGCUCAUAUUACGAGAUCUGGAGGAGGACGGCUGGAGCCACGACUCAGACGACACGCCCACCAACGAGACGGCCAACGAGAGGAACUCGUUCACGGAGAGACAGCGGCCGGAGUCUCUGCAGACCGUCCUCAACUUCAGCACCAACGAGUGGGAGGCCGAGCCUGAAGAGGCUCCGCCCCCAGACGCUGAGCAGCCGAGCAGCGUUCAGGUCAUACGGAAAGCUGUGGUUGCGGGUCCUUCUUCUUCUUCUUCUUCUGUCCCUGAUGACAUCACCGCUGAUGUCACCCUCCCCUCCGACCAAUCAUCCAAGCCGAGAGGCGAAGAAACCACGCAGGGGAACACUUUCUACCUGGUAAUGCCGACGGAGCAGGGAGAGAGCGCCACCGACGACCACAACGACCCCAACGACCCUCCCACGCCCACCGCCACCCACUUCCCUCUGGAGGAAGUGAUGUCACAGCAGGAGGAGGAAACGCCCGCCUGCGCUCCUGAGUCCAAUCAAACAGAGGCUAUGCAACAGGAACAGGAGGAGGAAUCGGGCCAAUCAGAGCACCAGAGCCACGUGAUCAAAAACGUAGAUGAGAUUUUCCACACGAUCGAGGGCUUGAUGAGCAAGUUACGGCAGCUGAAGGAGAUCGAGAUGUCCCAUCACAAGCUUCUGAAGACCCUCAGAGAGCCCUUCAUCAACCAGGACUCAGAGGACCAACCGUGUCUCUCAGCCACCGUCUCCAGAACGCCAUCUUUGGACCGCGGCUCCGGAGACGGCAAAGAGGGAAGUCCAGCAGAGCCGAAGAUUCAGUCGACGGGGUUCUGACGGCGCAGCAGAGCGGAUUAACUCCUCACUUCAUCUUGAUUGUCGGCAUACGGACGCACCGAUACGUACCCACUGUCAGACUGGGGCCCCUCAGCCCUGCCCCCCCCCAUCACCCCCUCACCCCCUCGUCCCUGCAUGCACUGGCCAGUGGAGCAGAGCCCAGGAAGGACCGUAGCUGUGGUUUAUUUUUUGGUCGGAUUCAACAGGAUUUUCUGAGGCACGAGGGAUCCAAGGCCGGCGUGAGGAAAUAAGGGCGCGAAGACAAGUUGACCGGUGAAGAGAACGAAGGGGAAAAAACAAACAAGUUGGACGAAGAGAAAGUGGAAUAAAAAAGGAUAUUUGUGAAGGAAAAGGAUGUUUCGCUGUAAAGAGCUGGUUGAAGGAACGGAGCAGAAAAGUGUUGAAAUGUUAGAAAUAACCCGAGGGACCCGUCACCCCUGCACUUUACCCACAAUGCAUCCCUCUGUCGUGUACAGUGGACGGAUCAGGGACUGGAGGCUUUAUUUAGGGACAAUGUUUGAGCCAAGUUGGCCUCCAUCACCUCCACCACCAUCACCACCACACUGAGUUCACCUGCCACCAUGGCCGAAGGACUGUGUCUAUAUAAUUCAGGUUAUUUGCACUGGGUAAGGAAACCAACACACACACACACACACACACACCAUUCAAACGUUCAUCUCAGACCUUCAUAUCCACCUGACAUAUCCUCUUUCCAUCAGUGCAACAUAUUAACCACUACAUGGUUCAUACUGACAUUUUUAUUUUAAGUUCUGGAAACACACUACUGCGCUGUUUACUACUGAAAUGCUGGCAGGUUUUUUGUUGUUUUUUUUUUUUUUUUACUUUCCGCGCUGCUUCAGAGGCGUACAGGGAUCUCAGCGAUUAUAAAUAAAACAAGCUCAGUGGAUUCACGCAGCUGUUCUGAUCAUGUAAAAGUCGUUUUUUGAGUUUGAGAGAUGUUCGAGGGUUCGGGGGACGGGCAAUGUUGACGACGAGCGCGAGGAAACGGAUUCAAAACUUGAAUUUUAUCACUGAAAGCCUGUGUCACUCAAUCAAACUGCUGCCAAAUAUCGCCGCCGACAUUGCCUGUCUGCACUUUAAGGUUGGACUGUGCGUCCUUUCGCCCUCUCUACGGUGUUUUGUGUGUGUAAAUAGCACGGUAAAUACUGUGAACCAGCAACUUUCUCCCACCCAGCAGUCGUACCACGCAUAUUGUUUAAACCCAUUUAGAUCCAUCCUUCACCAAGUAGCAGAACAACUUCUAUUUAUUGGGAGAAAUGAAACGCUUUGAGCACACGGUCCAAGUAAAAACUGCUAAAUGCAACUUUUUGAAGGAGUAGUUUGACAUUUUGAUCUGAUUUGCAGAGAUUAAUUCCACUUUCAGACAUGUAUAUGAAGCUUACGGAUCUUUAUACCGAGCCUACGAUUAAAGCCUGAUAGAUAUGGGGCUUUUGACAGAUGCCGAUACUGAUUUUAAAGGCGGAAAAUCAUCAAUAACACAUACAGUCAUGGAAAAAACUUAUUAGACCACCCUUGUUUUCAAGAGCUGAAAUUUAGACAUUUUCCAUGGUUUUCUUGAUAAUAACCAAAAUCAUUAUCAAGAAAACCAUGAAAAAUGUCUAGAUAUCAGCUAUUGAAUUAAACUCUUAUGAGCUGUUUUUGUUGUUUUCAUUAUAUUUGUCCAAACAAAUGUACCUUUAGUUGUACCAGGCAUUACAAUGAACAAGAAAUUGAAGAAAAAGGUUGGUCUAAUAAUUUUUUCCAUGACUGUAUAUGAAGCUUUCCGCUCUUUAUACCAAGCUUAUGAUUAAAGCCUGCUAGAUAUUGGAUGUUUUGACUGAUUUUAGAGGCGGGAAAUCAUCAAUAAGGCUGAUAUUGUGAGCUGGAAUGAAAAUAGACUUAUAAAAUAGAAUUUUGCACCACUCUGCAACUGCACCCAGAGAGCUACUUUCUCAAACAAAAACUUUAUUGGAUAGUAUUUAACAAUGUUACACCUUAUUAUACUUUUAUAAAAUGUGUUACAUUAUUGUCUAAUUCUAUAAAUGAUAACUGAGAAAAUAAAGAAUAAAUAGGAAUAAAAAUAAAUAGAUAAACAUCAUUACUGUUCAGUUUUAGUCAGUUGUUGACUACAGGAGCAACAAAAUGUAUUUUAUCCACCUAAAAAUAAGUCAAAAUCUGUUUAAAAGAACGCUGUUUUCAAAAUGUUUUCACUGACUGACCUCGCCUCUUCAAAGCCACCAGACUGUUGUCAAAAACAGUAAUUUCACCUUGCAGAACGUCUGAGUUGGUCAGUUUGGUGUUUAAAAGGGUCCGUUUGGAUUCACACAAUAACAGAAACAAAGUCACACAAUGACUCAAACAAACUAACCAAUCGAGGCAACGGACGACCAGCAACUCAGACGUUCUGCAAGGUGAAAUUACUGUUUCUGUGAAGGAAGUCUGGUGGCUUUGAAGAGAGCAUAACCACUUCAGUUCACCAACAGAAAGGGUUGUCAGUUAAAUCUAUAGAAUGAACUAUAUAAUUUCACCAAUGCAAAGUAAAAUACAUAUCAUCUUCAGGAUACACCUUUAUUUUGAAAUUCUCACGUUAUAUUUAUAAUAUAUAUAUUUUUUCCAUCUAAUCAUCUCAUAUCAGUCACAAACACCCGCAUUGAAACAAAUCAUCUUGUAGCAGACUUUGUGAUACAUAUUGUUGUCCAAAGAAUUGAUAUAGUAUUUUAUUGUGAAAAUCCCCAGCAAGUUAAAGCAGCAAAAAUAUCCCAAAUAUCACAUCCACCUGAACUGAUGAUUCUCAUUAUCAAUAAAUAUGUGGAUUAUUUUAUUUAUUAAUUAUUUGGUCAAUUGUAAAAAAUGUCCAUCCUGGUUUCCCAAAGUCAAAGUUGAUGUCUUUUUUUUUUGUUGUAAUUUUAAAUACAGUUUAUUUUAACAUAAUAACU